UUGUAUGUUACUCAGUCGCGUGUUGACCGGCGAUCGGGUCGCACGUCUGUCUGUGCGCAUCUUAAACAAUCUUUUUAGUUUUCGGUAGAAACAAGUGGUAACAAUGGCGCCAAUUUCGUCGAAUAUGGUGGUCGGCAUAGACGAUGAUCAGCGAUUCGCUUUAAUGAAGUUCCGGCGCAGCGUCCGCGACGUGAUGAAGCCGGAGCACGACGACCACUUCCUGCUGCGCUGGCUGCGCGCCAGACGCUGGGACCCUGAUGCAGCAGAAAAAAUGCUCAGAGAUUCCAUGGCGUGGCGGGAGAAGUGGGAGCUGGACAGCGGCCUGCAGCAGUGGCAACCGCCGAAGGUUCUAGAGACGUACUUCCCCAGCGGCAGCUCCGGAUACGACAGGGAAGGAUCACCAGUGAUCGUAGUCCCGUUUGUGGGUUUGGACGUGUGGGGCCUCCUACACUCGGUGUCCCGCACUGACGUCAUCCGCAUGGUACUGAGGACCUUGGAGGAGCAUCUCGCUAACGGACGCAAGCAAGCCGAGACACGCGGACCUAACGCUUUGAAGAUGACAGUCCUAUUCGACAUGGAAGGCUUCAACAUGCGGCAGUACGCGUGGCGCCCGGCGGCCGAGAUGGUGGUCACGCUGCUGCAGAUAUACGAGGCCAACUACCCGGAGAUACUCAAGAUCUGCUACAUUGUCAACGCUCCAAAGGUGUUCUCGCUGGCAUUUUCAAUAAUCAAGAAAUUCAUGCACGAAUACACGAUCUCAAAGAUCAAGAUUUAUUCGUCCGAUCAGAAGAAAUGGCGACCGGAAGUAUUCAAGACCAUAGACAAGGAUCAGCUUCCGCAGCAUUAUGGCGGCACCAUGGUCGAUGAAAACGGCGAUCCCAAAUGUGGACUCAUUGUGAAACAGGGUGGCCAAGUCCCAAAGACCUUCUACUCGAGGAAGCUAAGCACAGAUGACAACAAGGAGUACACGAGGGUGACCAUCAAGACUGGAGACAAGCAUUCCGUGGACUUGCUGGUCGCCGACGAGGACAGUGUACUCAGAUGGGAGCUCGGCGUGGACAGCCACGACAUCAAGUUCCUGAUCAAGCGGCGCGACGCGGAGGGUAACGAGGCGGUGGUGCUCGAGCCCAAGAAGGUGCCGGAGGGGACCGUCGAGACCGGCGUCAUGAACGUCACCGGGCCCGCUACUUAUUCGGUGAUAUUCGACAACAGCAGUGCCUUCCUCAGAAAUAAGAAAGUGUUCUACAACAUCAUAGUAGCGAACCCGGCGCGAGACCUCACCAUCAGCGACGUGCCUGAGGACGAGGCCGGUGCCUCCACCACUAUGUAGGUCAUGGUAGGGACACUGUGACCUAAGAAGAAACAGAUUCUAAAAACGCGCCAAGUGUUUCAGUAUGUUUGAAGUCUGCUCUCGUGCGGCUAACCCUAAGGUUAAAUGGGUCUGCAAGUUAAUUAUGCAUUGGUGGUUACUGUUUCUUUGUUUAUUAGUCCGUAAUUUGUCCACUGCUGGACAAAGGCCCCGCUCUAGAAACAAUUUAAUUAACCUACACUUGAUAGUAAUAAACAUUUAGAUUUUGAAAAACAUCUUCUACAGAAAAGUACAUGUAAAUAUAAUGGAUCAAGGAACAUAAGGUCUUCUCUAACGAGAAGAUGAGAAUAUUUGUUUCGAAUUUAACUUUACGAUUUGAAGUAGCCACUCGUCGUUUAGAGUAAAUGUUACUACAAUUUUUUGUUAUCUUGAUGUGUGUACAAUUAAUAAUUUCCGUCAGAACAAUCAUUCUCUUUAGCAAAUUAAAUCAUAUUAUGAGCAUGACAUGCACAUUCUUACUUUUAAGACGAUUAUAGGAUAACUUGUAGAUAAGAUAUGAAAUGGAAAUGUUGCGAUUUUUGUAUUUUAUAGUAAGUUGUUGGAGGGCGCAGAUAUAUUCCUACUGGAAAAUGAUAAGAGCAAAAGAUAAAAUCUGUCUAAAUUGAACAAAGGUACAAAGAUAUAGAUAGAGACAGACAUAAACUCAUAAGAUAUGUGAUGCCACAUAUUUAAAAUAUCCUUUUGUUAACUUAUCACGUUACCAUAACCAUUAUCUCUGCUUAUACUACUAAAAACUGAAAUAUUAUCAAUGUUCCAAGGUCUUAAAGCAAGUUCUGUGAUAGAAAUAUACUUUGUAAAAUAAAUAAUGUUACUUACUAGAAAUGAUCAUUGUUA